CUGGCAGGAAAAAAAGAAAGAAGCAACUGAAGAAUGAGAAACCAUACAGCAAUAACAGAGUUUGUCCUCUUGGGAUUGUCAGAUGACCCAAAGCUUCAGAUUGUGAUUUUUGUCUUUCUGCUUAUCACCUACAUGCUCAGCAUCACUGGGAACCUGACCAUUAUCACCCUCACUCUGCUGGAUUCCCACCUCCAGACCCCCAUGUAUUUCUUCCUCAGGAAUUUCUCCUUAUUAGAAGUUUCAUUCACAACUGUCAGUAUACCCAGAUUCCUGGGCACCAUUAUUACAGAAGAUAAAACCAUUUCCUUUAAUAACUGCAUUGCUCAGUUAUUUUUUUUAAUUCUCUUGGGGGUCACUGAGUUUUACCUCCUGACUGCCAUGUCCUAUGACCGCUACGUGGCCAUCUGCAAACCCCUGCAUUACGUGACUAUCAUGAAUCGCAGAGUCUGCACACUGCUUGUCUUCUCUUCAUGGCUGGCUUCAUUCUUAAUUAUAUUCCCUGUGCUCAUGUUGCUGUUAAAGCUCGAUUACUGUAGAUCUAACAUUAUUGACCAUUUUACCUGUGACUAUUUUCCCUUGCUGCAACUUUCUUGUUCAGACACAAAAUCCCUAGAGAUAAUGGGUUUUUCCUAUGCUGUGUUUAUUCUAAUAUUCACAUUGGCAUUAGUAAUUCUGUGUUACAUAUAUAUCAUCAGGACAAUUUUGAGAAUUCCCUCUGCGAGUCAGAGGACAAAGGCUAUUUCCACAUGUUCUUCCCACAUGAUUGUCUUAUCCAUCUCUUAUAGUAGCUGCAUUUUUGUGUAUGUUAAACCUUCAGCAGAAGAGAGGGUGGCUUUGAGCAAAGGAGUAGCUGUGCUAAACAUCUCAGUAGCUCCCAUGCUGAACCCUUUUAUUUAUAGCCUAAGGAAUCAACAAGUCAAGCAAGCUUUCAUGGACAUGGUAAGGAGGACUGUGUUUUUCACAAGCAAAUGAAAAGACGUGGUGUCAUGAAUUAGA